CGAGCCGCCAUGUUUCGUCCAGCUUGCCGCUGUGUUUGCGGAGGUUGACGGCGCUGCUGCCGCACGGAGUUCGACACACGGAGACACAGUCCGGCUGACUUUGGAUUUUGGGGGGUUUGAGGAGAAGCCAGCGGGGAGAAAACAGACGGAAAGAGGCGGGAAACAGACAUUUAAGUCGGGUUCUAACGGCGGAAUGGCGGACCGGGACCCGGUGCCGCUUCCUGCGGAGGUGCGGGCCAAACUGGCCGAGCUGGAGCUGGAGUUAUCCGAGGGUGAUAUCACACAGAAGGGCUAUGAGAAGAAGCGAUCCAAGCUGAUUGGAGCCUUCUUCCCGCAAGCACCAGGAAUGGAGCCGUCCAUGGGCCAGGAGAGGAGAAACCCGGUCACCCCGUCCUCGUCCUCACGCUACCACCGCCGGCGCUCCUCUGGCUCCAGAGACGAACGUUACCGAUCGGAUGUGCACACAGAGGCGGUGCAGGCGGCGCUCGCCAAGCACAAGGAGAGGAAGAUGGCGGUGCCCAUGCCUUCGAAGCGGAGGUCCCUGGUGGUCCAGACCUCGAUGGACGCCUACACGCCACCAGAUACGUCCUCAGGCUCAGAGGGCGAGGGACAGGGCGACGGCGAUGAAGGGGAGGGAGGAGACGGCGAGGAAGAGGACGGAGGAGGCGGCGGAGGAACCUCGUCCAGCCGGGAGGGGAGCAUCAGCAUGGAGCACUGGAUAAGCCGGGCCAUCCACGGCACCUCCUCCACCACCACCACCACCUCGUCCACGGCCUCCUCCUCGUCCUCCUCCACACGCAGCGGGGGCAGCGGGGCGGCCGGCGGCAGGCUGGCCGACGUCCUGGCCCAACACGUUCACAUCUCCGCCCACCUUCAACUCCGCCACCACCGUCAUCACCACCACCACAAGUCAGGCCUUUUAUCCCACCUCUCCUUGAGGAGGAGGAGGAGGAGGGCAGUGCCAUCUGCUUUGGUAGAGAAUGGAAGCUCUGGGCCACGACACUCCGAGAACCACUCCGCCCCUCCAGAUGUCACCGGCUACACCAACACCACCACAGACGGGAUCCAGGUGGAGAGAGCCCCGGGCGCCAGCACCGCCGCCCAGAGGCAGACGCCCAAAUACGGCAACGCGGAGCUGAUGGAGACCGGAGACGGUGUUCCAGUCAGCAGCAGAGUUUCCGCCAAAAUUCAGCAGCUCGUCAACACUCUGAAGAGACCCAAACGGCCGCCGCUAAGAGAGUUUUUCGUCGAUGACUUCGAGGAGCUCCUGGAAGUCCAGCAGCCAGACCCCAACCAGCCCAAGGCGGAGGGGGCGCAGAUGGUGGCCAUGCGGGGCGAGCAGCUGGGCGUCGUGACCAACUGGCCCCCGUCUCUGGAGGCGGCCCUGCAGAGGUGGGGCACCAUCUCUCCGAAGGCCCCCUGUCUGUCCACCAUGGACACCAACGGCAAGCCGCUCUACGUGCUCACCUACGGAAAGCUGUGGUCCAGAAGUGUGAAGGUGGCCUACAACCUGCUGCACAAACUGGGAACCAAACAGGAGCCCCUGGUCAGACCUGGAGACCGGGUGGCGCUGGUCUUCCCAAACAACGACCCCGCUGCCUUCAUGACGGCGUUUUACGGCUGCCUGCUGGCCGAAGUCGUCCCCGUGCCAAUAGAAGUACCGCUGACCAGGAAGGACGCCGGCAGUCAGCAGAUCGGCUUCCUGUUGGGCAGCUGCGGAGUGACGGUGGCUCUGACCAGCGACGCCUGCCAUAAAGGGCUACCCAAGAGUCCCACUGGAGAGAUCCCACAGUUCAAAGGCUGGCCCAAGGUGCUGUGGUUCGUCACGGAGUCCAAACACCUGUCCAAACCUCCGCGGGACUGGUUCCCACACAUCAAGGACGCCAACCAGGACACGGCCUACAUCGAGUAUAAGACGUGUAAGGACGGCAGCGUCCUCGGGGUGACGGUGAUGAGGAUAGCCGUGCUCACACACUGCCAGGCUCUCACACAGUCCUGCUCGUACACGGAAGCUGAGACCAUAGUGAAUGUAUUAGACUUCAAGAAGGACGUGGGACUGUGGCACGCCGUCCUGACUAGUGUGAUGAAUAUGAUGCAUGUCAUCAGCAUUCCCUACGCCCUCAUGAAGGUCAACCCGCUGUCCUGGAUCCAGAAGGUCUGCCAGUACAAAGCCAAGGUGGCGUGUGUGAAGUCGCGGGAUAUGCACUGGGCUCUGGUGGCCCACCGGGACCAGCGAGACAUCAACCUGACCUCCCUGCGCAUGCUGGUGGUGGCCGACGGUUCAAAUCCCUGGUCCAUCUCCUCCUGUGACGCCUUCCUCAACGUCUUCCAGUCCAAAGGCUUGAAGUCGGAGGUCAUAUGUCCCUGUGCCAGCUCCCCCGAGGCUCUGACUGUGGCUCUGAGGAGGCCCGUGGAGGAAGGCAGCACCCCUCCAGGUCGCGGCGUCUUGUCCAUGCAGGAUCUGAGUCACGGCGUGAUCCGGAUCGACUCCGAGGAGAAGCUGUCGGCUCUCACGCUGCAGGACGUCGGCUCCGUCAUGCCUGGAGCUGUGAUGUGUGUGGUGAAACCAGAAGGGGUUCCUCAGCUCUGUAAAGCCGAUGAGAUCGGGGAGUUGUGCGUUUGUACGGUUGCCACGGGAACCUCCUACUAUGGUCUGGCCGGCAUGACCAAGAACACGUUUGAGGUCUUCCCUACAACCAGCAACGGGGCUCCCAUCAGUGAGUUUCCCUUCACCAGAACCGGCCUGCUGGGCUUCAUUGGACCGGCGGGUCUGAUCUUUGUGGCGGGCAAGAUGGACGGUCUGAUGGUGGUUGGGGGGCGUCGGCACAACGCUGACGACAUCGUGGCCACGGCGCUCGCUGUGGAGCCCAUGAAGUUCGUCUACAGGGGCAGGAUCGCCGUGUUCUCCAUCACGGUGCUCCAUGACGAGAGGAUUGUGGUCGUAGCAGAGCAGCGGCCCGACUCCACCGAGGAAGACAGCUUCCAGUGGAUGAGCCGAGUUCUGCAGGCGAUAGACGGCAUCCAUCAGGUGGGGGUGUACUGCCUGGCUCUGGUGCCCUCCAACACUCUGCCCAAAACUCCUCUGGGUGGCAUCCACCUGUCAGAGACCAAGCAGCUGUUCCUGGAGGGGGCGCUGCACCCCUGCAACGUGCUCAUGUGUCCGCACACCUGCGUCACCAACCUGCCCAAACCCCGGCAGAAACAGCCAGAGAUCGGUCCUGCGUCUGUGAUGGUCGGGAAUCUGGUGUCGGGGAAGAGGAUCGCUCAGGCCAGCGGCAGAGAUCUGGGUCAGAUCGAAGACAAUGACCAGGCAAGGAAGUUCCUCUUCCUGUCAGAGGUGUUACAGUGGAGAGCCCAGACCACUCCAGACCACGUCCUGUACACACUGCUCAACUCCAGGGGCACGAUCGCCAGCUCCCUGACUUGUGUUCAGCUGCAUAAGAGGGCGGAGAAGAUUGCAGGCAUGCUGGCCGAGCGGGGCCACCUGCAGGACGGAGACCACGUGGCUCUGGUCUACCCUCCAGGUAUUGACCUCAUCGUGGCGUUUUACGGCUGCCUUUACGCCGGUUGCGUCCCGAUCACGGUGCGGCCGCCUCACCCGCAGAACAUCGCGACCACGCUGCCCACCGUCAAGAUGAUCGUGGAGGUGAGCCGCUCGGCGUGUGUGAUGACCACACAGCUCAUCUGUAAACUGCUGAGGUCCAAGGAGGCCUCAGCCGCCGUGGACGUGCGGACAUGGCCUCCUGUCCUGGACACAGACGAUUUGCCAAAGAAGAAACCUCCUCUGCUGUAUAAACCGUCCAACCCCGACACUCUGGCCUACCUGGACUUCAGUGUCUCCACCACCGGCAUGCUCGCUGGAGUCAAGAUGUCUCACACAGCCACCAGUGCCUUCUGCCGCUCCAUCAAGCUGCAGUGUGAACUUUACCCGUCCAGAGAGGUCGCCAUCUGCCUGGACCCGUACUGCGGCCUCGGCUUCGUCCUCUGGUGCCUUUGCAGUGUGUACUCAGGUCACCAGUCCAUCCUCAUCCCCCCGUCCGAGCUGGAGGUGAAUCCGGCUCUCUGGCUGUCGGCCGUCAGUCAGUACAAAGUGCGAGACACCUUCUGCUCCUACAGCGUCAUGGAGCUCUGCACCAAAGGCCUCGGCCUGCAGACCGACUCUCUGAAGUCUCGAGGGUUGGACUUGUCUCGGGUGAGGACCUGUGUGGUGGUGGCGGAGGAGCGUCCCAGGACAGCCCUGACGCAGUCCUUCUCCAAACUGUUCAAGGACCUGGGACUCCACCCCCGAGCCGUCAGCACCUCCUUCGGCUGCAGGGUCAACCUGGCGAUCUGCCUGCAGCCUCACAGGCUGGGAAAGCUUGCCGACCAGGGCACCUCAGGACCCGACCCCACCACUGUAUAUGUCGAUAUGAGAGCACUACGGCAUGACAGAGUCAGACUGGUGGAGAGGGGGUCACCACACAGCCUGCCACUGAUGGAGUCUGGGAAGAUCCUGCCGGGGGUCCGCAUCAUCAUCGCCAACCCAGAGACCAAGGGACCAAUGGGAGAGUCGCAUCUGGGCGAGAUUUGGGUGCACAGCAGCCACAACGCCAGCGGUUACUUCACCGUCUACGGAGACGAGGCGCUGCAGUCGGACCACUUCAGCUCCAGACUCAGCUUCGGAGACACGCAGACCGUCUGGGCUCGGACCGGAUACCUGGGCUUCCUCCGCAGGACCGAACUGACCGACGCCAGCGGAGAGCGUCAUGACGCCCUGUACGUGGUUGGCGCUCUGGAGGAAGCCAUGGAGCUGAGAGGGAUGCGUUACCACCCCAUCGACAUCGAGACCUCCGUCAUCAGGACGCACAAGAGCAUCACAGAGUGCGCGGUGUUCACGUGGACCAACUUGCUGGUGGUGGUGGUGGAGCUGGACGGCUCGGAGCAGGAGGCCCUGGACCUGGUCCCGCUGGUCACCAACGUGGUGCUGGAGGAGCACUACCUGAUCGUGGGUGUGGUGGUGGUUGUCGACAUCGGCGUCAUCCCCAUCAACUCCCGCGGCGAGAAGCAGCGCAUGCACCUACGUGACGGCUUCCUGGCCGACCAGUUGGACCCCAUCUAUGUGGCCUACAACAUGUAGCGCCCCCGUGUGGCCAAUAUGGAGGUAGAUGAAGGAUUACUUCAGGAAGAUGCUCUGAAACUGAAAAGAAAAACCCAGAGCCAAGGCAGAGGGGGAGAAGUAGUCGCUGAAUUUUGUCUCUCAGGCAGCGCUUGCUCCCAGGCUAUGUACUGCCGCCGACUACAUUCGGGUGGUUGUAUUGCGCGUUCAGGCCGUGAUUUGUACUCAGCCUGAGAGGAAGUGCAGCCACCCCCAUCCAGAGUAAGAAGGUCCCCCAUUUGUUCCGGCUGUCCACCGACAAGCGUCGACGGCGCGGCGGCAGAGGACAAUCGUUAGCAUAGCGAUUCGGAGGUUUAAACUGUGUGGCUUGCUUUGUAUUUUUCUUUUGAGUAUUUGCUGAAGUCGCUUGUUUUAGGGAUUUCUUUGUUUGUAUUUUAACACGUCCUCGAAAAAGUUUUAGUCUAUUUUUUGAAAAGGAUAUUUACAAAACUGUGGCAAAAAUGAUAUUUUCCGUUUUUACAAUAUCAAACCAUUACAAAGAGCGAGAUGUGUUUUAAUACGAGGGUGGGCUCUGAGCUGCCCUCUAGUGCUAUGAUGAGGUACUACACGUUGUUGUUGUUUUUUAAGUGUUACUUUUUUUUAAUUCAGCAUUAUUUUCUGAACCGUCCAUCUCAGCGGGAAAUCAGUGAGCUAAUUUUCAUAAACUAACAGCUGCAGCCUUUAACUCCGUUUAUUUUUCCGUACGAACACGCUUCAACUGAAGCAAAACAAUAAAUUCAUAUCGUGUAAGUAUGUACAAAAAGAAAUUGAUUUAAUUUAUUUUCUUUCUCUUUUAGAAGUAUAUGACGAGACGUUCAAGAAUGUUUUGCUCUUGAAUAUUUGCUAAUAUAAAAAUACAAAAAAGCGUUGUAUUAUCUGGAGUGAAGCACACUCACACCAAGCAUAUUAUGGAAAGUAAAAAUAUAUGAUUAUAGAUUAUAUUAAAAAAUAAAUAAAGGAUUUACACCAUACGGAA